GAAUUCUCCUAUCCACUAUCCCUUAACCCCAUGACGUUUCACUCCGAGGUCAAGGAAUAGACGAUAGGGUUAGAAUUUAGGAGCUGUUUUUUUGGAGUAUUCGAACGCAACCCAACUCCAAACAUGUUUUUUAUUUUCCUUUAGUGACGUAGUUCCGACGUAACCUUUCUUUCCCGCCUGGGAAUGUGGAGUGAAAAUGGCGUAUGGUUAUCUCCCCGUGUGGUUGGUAACAUACACUGGUUAGUACAAGUCUACUCACUAUCAAGAAACAACUACAUUACGCAUUUAGCUGUCAGUGGAUGAGGCGGUGUUCACUGUUGCUGUCGUGUGGUUUUCGGAGGUUCGGACCCGGUAAAUCACCGCAGAAAGGCGGCAGGAGCUCCCCUCUUCCCGAACCGGGGAGUGUAAAAGGAGCAGUACAGAAUCACUCAAGGAUCUAGGACAUCUGUAGCCUGUUUCCAGCUUUCUUCAAAGAUGUCUGACCUGAUAAGAGGGUUCAGGGCCCAGCUGACCAUGAGCAUGGACUCCAACCUGAGGAGAGCUGUGUUUGAAAUAAUGAUGAUCUUUGAGAACAGUCUACAUGAGUAUCAGAUGGAGCUGGGGCAUAAAGGAGAGGAAGUUGCUCAACUUAAAAUGAAGUUGCAGAGAGCAGAGAUCAGGUUGACUGAAAUUGAGUGUGUCGGCAGCAGAGGAACAGAGGUGAAGAAAGGAGGAACUGAAGAUGUUGUGAACGCCCCUAAACCAACAGAUGAUGUUCCUGAGAUUGAUUUUGAAGUACCUGAUGACUGGUGUGCUCCCCUGGCCUGUGAGACCGUAACCAGGGAAGAAUAUGUAUGUCCCAGCGUAAGACUGCGCCGGCUGUCCAUUCCUCUGUCGCAGAUUUCCAUCAAGCAGGAGGUGGAUCAGCGUGACAUUGACUCCAACCAGCGAGCAAAGGGUGUCAGGAGAUCCAGGAGAGGUUCCUUAAUAAAUAAGAAAACCACGCAGGACAAAACCAUACCAACACAUGACCAAGGAACUCAACAUCCAACACAGAGAAACGACAUAAAACAAUUGCUCUCAGGCAUAAAGCAGGUGCAUACUGACACAACAAUCGGUACAAGUCUAAGCAAAGGGGGGAUAAAGGGAAAAAAGCAAAAACAUACAAAGAAGAGCAAAGGAGAAGAAAAUAAAAUCGUUAAAAGUGAGUCUACAGAAAAGGAGAUUGUAAAAAAUCGCGGGGAAAAAAAGUACUCCUGCAGGUAUUGUAAGAAGGGAUUUGACACAAUGUUUGGCCGAAGUGUGCAUAUACGAUCACACAAGAAAUGCAAAGGUUGCAAAAGAGAGUUCCCAUCUCCAAGUGCUCUAAAGUUGCAUAAACCAUCCUGCAUAAAACUCAAGAAGUUGUUGGCAAAAAAAGAUCGAUCCACUAACCCUCCAAAACCUGAGUCUUUAGGUGAAGAAAACCUGACUGCACAACAGGUCAUCAUUAAAAAAGAAAGCACAGCUUCCUCUAGCAGGCCAAGUGAAUCUUCUACUCAGAAUAAUAAGGGCAACAAAAAGAUAACCUGUGUACACUGCAACAAAACAUGUCGUACUAGUUUGAAUCUAGAGGAGCAUUUGUGUGUUCAUGCUGGUGAAAAGAAAUUCCCUUGCAGCAUGUGUUCGAAGCCAUUCCAGAGUAAAAAGGCACUCCGAGAACACAAACGGAAAAUGCACAAAGAACAAAACAUUUCCAGUGAGACAAAUGAAAGCAAUGCAUGGACCAUGCCUUUGGAGAAUAUGGACGAUAUUUCUGUGGAGUUGAAGUCUCCAGAAAAAGAAAAAAGUCAUGCAAACAACCAUGAAGAUGUUCAGAGGGAUAACAUUCCAGACACAAGCCCAAGUUUAAUAUGGGAAACAAUGGGCACACGCUCCCCUGAGGGCUUCAUCUGCCGGUUGUGCCUGAAGCCCUUUACAGACACACACGGGCUGAUUGAGCACUUUCCCACCCACACAGGAGAGAAGCCCUUUCAAUGUAACGUUUGUUCUGAAAGGUUUAGUAAUAGAGCACAGCUAGGCGGGCACGAGAAAAUGUGUUGGAGGAGACGCAAGUGUUCAAAGUGCAUGAAAACGUUUCCCUCAAUAGCUAGGUGCAAUAAGCAUGUCUUGAUCUGUGGGAGAGAUCAUACUUGUUCCUGUGAGGUUUGUGGGAAAAGUUUCGUCCAUAGAGCAUGCCUCAGGAACCAUAUGGAGAGGUUACAUAAUACGCCAGUAUAAAGUUAGCAUCACCUGUCUGUGGACAUUGAAACGCUGGAUGUUGUCAUUCAUGAUCAAGGAUGACCUGCAUUUAAUCUUUUGUAGGUUUUGUUUUUGAGAGUGAUACGAUCACUAUAUAACUCAUACUAACCAUGUUGGUAUUCACCAUCACAAGUUCAUUGUCACACAUUGUGUAAUUUCAUACUAGAGCAAAAAACGGUCUCACCAAGUUUUGUUCAAUGUGUCUUUUUAAGUAUUUUUUACUGUGUGCCUUAUUCGCGAUUUUGAUGUGUUGUAUGAAGUUCAAGCAGAAUUGGAAAACAUUGUUUAAACACUCUUAUUGCCUCAAUAGUUUCUGGUAAUGUUUUUAGUUGUUUAGACAAAACCUUUGCACUCAGCUUUGCAAUUUUUAAGUGAAUUUGCAGGACACAUUUUUAAUCUUUCUUGUUACCUGACAGAUAUGUAAGAAGAUUACACUGACUUCAACGUUAUAGAUAUUUUAUCCCGUGCUUGAGUCCUGAAAAAAACAAUGAUUUUAAAUAUAUAUUUAACAUUUGUAACUGUUUGAAUCUCUUGUAUUUUUGGGUUGUAUUCAUUGUUAAUAUUGACAUGGUGGGAGAUCUUCCGCGACUAUUGCUUUUUAUGUUCUUAAAGUUAUUACAAGUGUUGCUAUCUAUGACCAUUGUCAGCAAUAACCUAUUAAAAUAUUUACUGUAUA